UGCCAAUUGCUCGCCCAGACAGUUGCAGUCCAUAUCCAUUCCAUCAAUGUCACUUUACAACAAACUUCAUCACAUACACGCGCCGCCAUGACAGAGCCAUCACCAGCAACGGUCGAGACACCCCCCGAAACAGCACUAUCGGCGGCGGUCGCGAAAACAGACGUUUUCACCGAACCGCGCACCUCUGCACAGAUCAGAAAAGAAAACAGAGCCACAAAUCCGGAUCGCGCUCCCUAUCACCGCAUCUGGAGUCUCUUCUCCCGAGGAAUAUUGUUGGUCCUCGAGCUCGCAGCCAUAGGGUACACCGCCUACGCACAUGAGCUUGUCAAUCGACCCGACUCACCUUUCGAGGGCGGUGUGAAGGACUUUGGUACAAGUUUUGCAGCUUUUGCAGUGGGUGUCGCCGUCAACCUCUCAUGUGUCAUUGCUUGUUUCAUCGAUAGAUAUGACGCCAGCGGGGCUGGGAUUGCUGGCUUUUUGGACUUGAUACCCGGUAUUCUUGGUAUUGUUGCCUUCUUCAGUGUCGCAUUAGCAGGAUAUGGUUACGGAGGAAGUGAUUAUUACGACAGAGUGGGCUACCAGGCGGAGAGAACGGCUGUUGCGCACUGUCUCUGGCUGUUGGCAUUCUGCACAUUCUGUCUUGCUUUGGGGCCUGUGUUGGGUGCUGCAUUGUUUGUACUCGGUUAA